AUAGUGUCGGCCUGCGUCCUUUAUCGCUGAGCGAGCUAGAGGUUAACGCUUAACCACUAAGUAAGAUAGCGUGCGACAGCGCUAUAAGUAUAUACCUAUAUUCGGAUCGAAUUCAAAUGGCCGGCCACGUACCUAGGCAUCCCAGGAAACGAAGCAGCUAACCAGGCUGCCAAAGAUGCCCCGAUACUACCUCGUGGCCGCUCGAUCUCAGAUCUCAGCUAUUACUACAUAGAGGGGUUGAAGUCAGAGUCAAUAUGCCCUCAGUAUUUGCACCUCGCUGGCGGUCGUCGGGACGCACUCUGACUCCGUCUCCCUUGGCGGAGAUCCAUGCCACUUCUCAGCCAUCAACUCUCGAACGAUCGCAUCGAGGUCAAUUCGAAAACUUCUGCAAUUAUCGCGCAGAUGGAAUCCCGCAGGUUACCGGCUAGGUCUCUGCCCCGGCGAAAGAGCAUCACCCCCCAGCUCAGCUGUGAGCUCUGUCGUAAGCGCAAGGUGAAGUGCGACAAGCUCAAUCCAUGUACCAGCUGUGCCUCGAGUGGCACUGCCUGCGUUCCCAUAUACCGAACACGACUGCCUCGGGGCCGUCAUGUCAAUAAUCCGCCGCAUCGAGGCCCGUUGCCUCCUAUGUCCACAAAAGGUCCUGGGGAGGCCGAUCGGAUGAUCCAACAUACCGUCCAAGUCAAUGAGGACCUCUCGGAGCGCAUCUAUCGUCUCGAAGCACUCAUCCAGAGUAUGAAGUCCGCCCAAACGUCAACGGCGGGAUCACAGGAUCAGUCGGCCAAGCCACCAGAUACCUCAGUGUAUCCUCCGACUCCCAUCAGUUCUUCUACUUUGGAUAAUUCAACAGCCCCCAGACGUCUCAUUCUACAACGCCCCGACCAGUUUUGGGCAGAUCUGGUGGAUGAAAUCCAUGGCCUCCACGAUGUGAUUAAAUUCUCACUCGGGGAAGGAGAGGAAGUCCCAAUACCCUCCUCUCGCUCGACUAAAAUCGGGCUGUCCGACAACGACGGGAUUCCCGUCCUUGGUCUCGGAGGCGGUAAUUCACUCUCAAUGCCCCCAGUCGAGAGUUUGCUGCAUGAUUCUGCAGUUGCCCGCCAGCUGUGUGGGGUUUACCUUCAGCAGGUUGACCCUGUCAUAAAAAUUCUCCAUCGUCCCUCUGUGAAUCAGUGGAUGGUCCAUGGCAAGCCAUAUCUGGCCUAUGCGGAGGGUCAUCCAGCCACAGAGGCGCUGGGCUCGGCGAUCUGCUACUCGGCCGUCAGCAGCAUGACUGAAAACCAAUGCUCCCUCAUGUUUCACACCAGCAAGGCGCAGCUGAUGGUCAAGUCUCGUAUGGCCUGCGAGGCGGCAAUUGGGCGGGCAGGUUUACUCUCCACUCGUGAUAUCACUGUCCUCCAAGCAUUUGUCCUGUAUCUGGUGGCCAUGAGAUCAGAAGACCGCACGCAGUGCGUCUGGACCUUAAUCGCGGUGGCCGUUCGAAUUGGCAAAGGCCUUGGCCUCUACCUCGACCUGGAGAUAGAGACUUUCUUUGAUCAGCAGAUGCGAAGGCGCCUCUGGUUUACCAUUUGCCUGAUGGAUCUACAAGCUUCAUUCUUUCAGGCAUCUGAACCGCUUAUCAGCGUCGAGGAAUCCGCGUCCACGGCCCUCCCACACCACAUCAAUGACUCGGAUUUUGAUCCCACAACCACACAUAUCGACCCCUACCGGGAGGGCCUCACCGACACGACCUUUGCGCUGGUAACCUAUCACGCCCAGCGGAUAGGACGUCUGCUGAACUUCGCUCGGCACGACAGCAAGGUCGACGGGAAUACUGUGCCCACCACCGCUACAUCCACCUCCUCUGCUUCCUCAACAUCCCACUCCCGCCGACACAAACCCAGUUGGUCACAGCAUCACACCCGGCGUUUCGAAGAGGAAGCGCUCCGCCUCCUUCACUUCUGCGACCCCGAAACUUCGCAAUACGCGUGGUUUACAUGGCACGGCACGCAGAGUCUUAUUGCAACGGCACGGCUUGCGGCCUUGCGCCCUCUCCAGCACGUUGGAAAUGAGCCGCCUCCGCGCCGUGAGGGCAGUACGGAGCUACUGCGUAUCUGCCUCCAGGUGCUGGAGAAAGCACAUCUUAUGCAUACAGACCCCCGCGCGGAGGGAUUGCGCUGGUAUGUCACCGUCCCCUGGCAUGCGCUGGCGCUCGCCAUGGCCGAGUGCUAUGUGAGCCUCGACGCGGCUAUGGUGCAAAACGCCUGGCCGCUCAUCGAGUCAUCAUACAUACAGUACGAGGCGACUAGAGGUGGAACCCUCAGCGGUCCUCUCAGUCAACUUAUGCGGCGAAUGAGGGAGAAGCUGGCAGGUACAGCUCCCCUUCCGUCGGGCAGUCUCCCGAACUGCAGUUUGACCCCGGCCACGGCGACCUCUCCUGCAUUAUCGGGACUUCUGAACAGACCGCAGCGUAGUAACAGUGGUAACGAACUGAACCCGUCUGACUCUCCAUGGCUGUCGACUGGGGCGACCACGCCGGCGGGGCCCAGGAUGCCGUCCCUCCCUUCGUUACCAACAUGGCACUCGAUGUCGCUCUCCUCGGAGAACUUACCCUCGCUCUUCACUGGGGAUCCGCCUCCACCAGCCGUGGCGGACGGACUGCAUCCCGAUACAGAGACAAUAUGGGAGGAGCUAUUCGCGGGGGUUCCAUUCAAUGAUAUUGCAGGUCCGGAUACGUUUUUCGAUAUGAAUUGGACAUGAUUUGGAUGAGUCUCGUAUCGUAUGACAUCAUAUUACUCGCGAAGAAUGGUGAAUAGGAUGGAAAUUAGCUUAUAUUUUGGAACACUCUCAGAGCUUCCACCAUAAUUCUCAACCCCCAAAGCCUUAUCAGUUUCCACCCCAUCGCUAAGAUGCGUGGUCAGGGGACCGUGUCAGUUGGAUUAGAAAGAUUCUCUGCUGCGGUGGUUUUGAAACAAUAUAUCUAUGUAGAUAACUAUGUACAGAUACCUAUACUUCGGACUGUCCAGCCCCUCGGAAACUAACAGAUUAUGGCCCCCAAAACAAGUUAGGAGUUGUCAACUUGGCAGUUUCCUUCAUUCAUAUUCUGUUGGCUCCUUAAGUCUAAGAGUCCGGACUGAAGGUUAGAUUAGGAUUCAUCCAUCAUAAGUAGAGAGC